UUGCCGUGGAGUCUUGAGUUGCAUCGGGGAAAGUGAAAGUACUACCCAGCGAAAUCCCACCUUAGUUAAGCCACGAAUGUUUAGAAGUUCAUCUGAGAUACGAUACAUUUGAAGUUAACUUGGUCUUCAAAGAAAUGUUUAGACAAACGUAACGCAGUCAGAAGUAAAUCAAAACAAUUGCGAAUCUUUCGACCUUAAUUCGAAGUGUUCAUGCCUAAAACAUCUUCAAUCGACCAGUAGCUGAUACGAUAUCUUGCAUAACACGACGAGAACCUGUUGUGCACGAAACUCAGGUGUUCCUGGAUUUUUGAUAGCAAAUGCGUGCGAAGCUUUGGCAAUCUGUUGUAAUCUUCACUGCAUGUUUAGCUGCUGGUGACUCUAGCGCAGUUGAGGAUGGGCGUCAAAAUGGGACGUUUACGAACGCUACCACCUUCACCGACACCAUUACAAGACCUACAGAGCCGACGAAGAAAGCGGAAAUCAAUGACGCUGAAAUACUCUUGCCGCGGAUAUUGAAUCAGAUCCAGAACAAGUCAGACAGUAGGCUGAGACCCAAAAUAGGCCGAGAACCUAUAACAGUUUAUACGGACAUGUUUGUUUUAGAUAUUGGAUACAUAAGUGAGGCAAAUAUGGAAUUUCGAACGAGCUUCUUCCUACGAAUGUAUUGGAAGGAUGAAAGGCUCGCUUACAAUAACACCGGAUACAAAAAGAGACUUGCAUUGAAUGCCAAAAUGGUUCAACAUAUGUGGAUACCUGACAUAUAUUUUGUUAAUGAGAAGUCCGGGAUUAAGCACGAUCUCACCAAGGAAAAUGAAGUGGUUCGACUAUGGCCUAAUGGAGAGGUCUUUCAUAGCAUGAGAUUGUCGAUGACAGCAUCCUGCCCUAUGCGUCUUCACAACUAUCCACUAGACAAACAAGUUUGUAAGCUGGCGUUUGAAAGUUUCAGUUACGAAGACACUGAACUAUUGUUUCAAUGGAAAAAAGCUAAAGGAAACAAAGAAGUGGAUGUUGCGGAGGAAUUAGAAAUCCCCCAGUUUAUCCUCACGGAUUACUGGACUAACACUACCUCUGCCAACUUCACCUCAGGAGCCUAUUCUCGGCUGAUAGUAUGGUUCAAGUUCGAGCGGAGUAUCGGCUUUUUCUUGAUCCAGACUUACAUUCCAGCUUAUCUGAUUGUCAUGCUCAGCUGGAUCGCCUUCUGGAUCAGCCACAACUCGACUCCAGCGCGCAUAGCUCUUGGAAUUACAACAGUCCUCACCAUGACAACGCUUACCAAUAGCGCCCGUGCCUCUCUCCCUAAAGUGUCGUACGUAAAGUCCAUUGAAUGGUUUCUGAUUCUGUGUUUCCUUUACGUCUUUGCUUCCCUGGUGGAAUACGCCUGUGUAUCUUUUGAGAUGAACAGGAAAAUUAAGAAAGGCAUGAAAAUUCCUGUGGUCGACACAGAGUCCGACGAUGGAAAGGAUCCAGAAAAGAAAGACCUUGUUGACGUUAUGGACGGAAAUUUGAAUGCAAACGGAAAUACGCAGACUAGAAGACGAAACAAGUUUAGCUUUUAUGGCAGGAAAACGGCCGAGAAACGGCUUGUGCAGUAUCGCCCCUACACAGACCAGGAGAUCGAGAAGUUGGUGUCGCAUGUAGACAAUUGGUCUCGCGUAGGGUUUCCUCUCUCUUUUGUUCUCUUUAACAUCAUAUAUUGGGCGUUAACCAUACAUUUUUCUUAAAGUGGAGAUGGUUUCUUUGGCGGGCGAGCUCGUGGCUAUGAGAACGCUAGCUCUGAAAGCUUUUCGUUGGCAGCCCUUAGCGCAAGCUUUUCAAGCUCUGACGACAAAUCAAAAUGCUUGGUACAAAAUAGAGGCCAGUCUAGCAUGUAAUUUAAUAUUAUUAUGGCUAACAUUGUGAAGAUCGUUUCUGAUAACGCAAUUUUUAAGGGAUAUCCUCGCUAACUUCAAUAACCUUGUAAGUUAAUAGACAGUGAAAUUAAAGAUACCACCGUAGUAACGAUACAAUAACGUAAAAAUGCCUUGAACAUGUUUCAUUUUUGACCAUAAAAUACUAUUAUGGAGCAGAACUCAAAAACCAAGUUUAAUUUUUCUUCUUUGGGCUGAAACUUCGUUUCCAAACAAGGACUUCUUUGGACACGAGCGAUAGAUACGAAAGUGACAAUAUUAAUGUAUUUUUGGACAGCUAACGAGGAUGAUAGACUUACAUAUGACAUCUUAGCAUAUCGAGUUGCCAAUAUAGAUCGUAUUCAGUCACGUGACCAACUCAACAAUUGGCCGCCAUGUUGGUGCACAUCCAAAUGUAAACAAUACAAAGGGAAGGGUGAUAGAUUCGAGCGAAAAGAUGGUUAUAUGUGCAAUAGUUGGUUGUGGAAAGAGAAGUGUGCGUGAUAAAGGAGUUAAUAUGGCUAGGAUACCUUCCAUAAUCACAAACCAAGGUGAAGAAAUUAGAAAAUUAAUGGAGGAAUGCCGUAAAGCGUGGAUUUCGGCGAUAAGUAGAUGAUACCUCAUGGACUCCAUUUUGAAAAAUAGCCUGAUAUGCUCAAAGCAUGUUGUAUCUGGACGAGCAGCAGAAUUGUACCUUUUGAAUAAUGAAUUCCAUUUACCGUAUUUUCUGGUGUACAGUUAUGACAAUAAAGUGCUAUUUCUUCCACUCAAUGACCGACCACUGUGUUGUGGUUGGUGUAUAAGUCGAGGUCGUUUUAUGGAGUGAUUUUCAAGCCUGAAAAAUUCUACUUGUACACCGGAAAAUAAGGUAUUCUUUAUUGGCUGAGUACAUACGAAAAUAUAUAAUUUUAAAACUAUAUUUUUCAUGUUCGCUGUUGUUGUCAAAAUCUAAUAUUCAAAAUAAUUCACUUGCCAGAGUUAUCAGGCAUGAUUUGACUUUCUAUGUUUUUUUCAUGUAAGGUUUUUGGCAAACUUAAGAAGUUCAAGUAGUAGGAAAAAGGUGCAUGUAUCCACCUUUUAUACAAUUUAACAAAUGUGUACGCAUCCUAGGAAUAUCAUAAGUAGCGUUUGCUGGGUUUUGUCCAUAAACUAAACUUGUCGCAAAGGCAAUCGAGAAGACACUGCAGUCACUGCCAUUCUGUUGUUGUUGAACAGGUACCAAGGUAAUGCCCUUGAACAUUGGUCCUGCUAAGUUUUUUGCCAAAUCCAACAUUUCUUGUGUUACAGGAGAUGAUAAACUGUUUAGUAAGUUGACAUAGCCAGUAAGACUUCCAACAGAUGUCAUGCACACCCAGUGAUUGUUGUUUAUGUGGACAAUUUGAAUAAAUGGUCUGGUCAUUAUUUCAAAUUGUUUGACUGGACCAAGAGUUGGUCUUUGAAA